AUGUGCAAAACGAUAGAGGGUGCAGUGGGUGUGCGGUGGAACUAUGUCAUGGGGGUCUUUGUGCUGUGCUGCUGCACCUGUGUGCCUGUGGCUCCAACUGCCGAGUUCUUCUGGGAUGGUGUGAAGGUCCUGCCUGUGCAGACCGUUGAGUGGCUACAAGCCACGGUCUACCUCGGCCACAAAACCAUCAAGAUUAAGCCCUCAAAAACGGACUAUAUAUUCAUCAUGGGGGCAGUGUGGGCCAAGUGCAAGAAGGACUUUUGUGCAAAGUUGUUCAAUGGGUGGAAGCUGAGCGUUGAGGAUGGCAUGAUGACCCAUGCGUUGCAGUCCAUGCUGGGCUCAAUCAUUGGCCUGUAUGAAGUCAAGACUGAUGUCACCCUGAACAAGGGGCUGCCUGGCGUGUGUGUGCAGGUGCUGAUUGAGUACCUGGCAAGUCAACCACAUGAGGGGCUGGCCCACAAAGGUACAUCCCAGGAUGAUAAGAGCUGUUGUUUUGCACAGGCCAAGCUGCUGGCCAGCCGUGCUCCCCACACUCAGGCCAGCCACAGGGGCUACACAGAAGGGGAGCAGGCUGCCCAGCAGCCCGACGCCGAGUUACACGCUCUGGUGGUGGCUACACAAAUGGGUGCUGCCGUGGGGGUGGCUUCAUCCUCCUGUCAUGCUUCGAAGAUAAUCAAAACACACACCCACAUCCACAUAAGCGAUAAGGCCAAUAUGCCUGAUCAGUUUCGUGACCCGUCUGAUGUCACCGACCCCUGUUUGGAGAUGUCACCCACAUUGCCACAUAGCCCUGGCAAGUCCCCGGAGAAGAUGGGACCCGUGAGAGUCUCGAUGGCAGUGACCAGCAGUGCCUUCUCGGGUCCGUGUCACGCAGCCCAAGGUGGAAGGGGGGAAGUGCCGCGGGUGUGUGGAGCCGAGAGACGCGUCAUUAAGGGGGAGAGAGAGGAGACCAGGGACCCACCGGACGCUUAUACGAGCGCGAGCGCGCGCACAGAAAAUGCGUGUCACAACUGUGGCGAGCCAUGUGUGACCCGUGGGUCGCGAUACCCUGGAUGGUAUGAACACAAUUUUACGGCGCCUUGUUGCUCAGGUUAUAACUAG